CAACUUUUAUUUGAGGUUAAACGUCUUAAGUCAAUCGUAUAAUAAAUAAUGCUUUUUUAGUAAUUUAGCGAAAACAUGGAUUAUUUAGAAGAGCAGAAAAACGAAGUAGAAGCUUUGGAAUCAAUUUACUAUGGAGAUUUCCAAGUUAUAUCUACGGAACCGAUGACUUUCUCGAUUCCAAUCAAAACAGAGGAGUUCGAACUGGAUAGUGGUAACGGUAUAAGCUGCGAGCUAGUUGUCACAUACACCCCUAAAUAUCCCGAAGAGAAACCUAUCAUAGAAUUACAAGAUAUAGAGAAUCUAAACAACGAAUAUGAAGAACAAUUGUUAGAGUAUUUAAAUGAACAGAUAACCGAAAACUUGGGUAUGGUUAUGGUGUUUACGUUGGUGUCCAGUGCACAGGAGUGGUUGAACGUGAAAUGGGAGGAGGUUAAAAAGGAAAACGACGAUAGAUUAGCCAGAAAGUUGAAGGCAGAGGAGGAAGCAGAGCAAAAGAAGUUCGACGGAACUAGAGUUACAGUAGAGGCUUUUAUGAAAUGGAAAAAAUCGUUCGAAGACGAGCUGGGAAUAACGAAGAAGAAGCUUUCGAUGGAGAAAGAAGGCCGGAAACUCACCGGCAGGGAACUGUUCAUGACCGAUAACACUCUCAACGAAUCGGAUUUGAAGUUCCUGGAUGAAGGUGAUGCCGUUAAAGUCGACGAGUCCCUCUUUCAAGACCUCGAAGACCUGGAUAUCGAUGAUGAAGACGAUGAAGAUUUCGAUCCAAAUAAUUUUAGUGAUUCAUCCGAUUAGAUUAGAUUUUUUUUAAUUGUUGCUCUAUUUUGAGAAAUUGUAUGCUAUAUGAAAUUUAAU